GGGCGCAGCAUGAGGGCGCGGCCCCCGCGGGCUCCCCGCCGGCGGCCUGAGCGCCCCCCGCCGCCGCCGCCGCCAUGGAGGGCUUCGCCGCCCGCAGCUACGGCACCGGCGCGCUCGACAACCGGCCGCUCUUCGGCGAGACCUCGGCGCGGGACAGAAUCAUCAAUUUAGUUGUUGGUGGCCUAACGUCCUUGCUGCUUGUAGUCACUCUAAUCAGUGCUUUUGUCUUCCCGCAACUACCUCCAAAACCUGUGAAUAUAUUUUUUGCUUUCUGCAUCUCCUUGUGUUGCAUUUCUGCUGGCAUACUUAUCUACUGGUAUCGACAAGGAGACCUGGAACCUAAAUUCAGGAACUUAAUUUACUACAUAUUAUUUUCUAUUGUCAUGUUAUGUAUAUGUGCCAACCUGUACUUCCAUGAAGUGGGUAAAUGACUGACAUUGGGAAUACCCAGCAAUGAUGCUACUGUAUCAGACUGCUCUCAGCUCUACCUGAGAAACUUAACGGAGGAUAGUGCCUGAGAGGAGAGAAGUGGGUUGUGCAAGGAUAAACCAGUACAUGAUUUUCAUGUAAAUGUAUAUGUAAUGUCCCUCUUGUUGGGGAGAAUUAUUGCCAUAAGACAUGACAUUCUGCUUUUUUUUGAAGAGCUACUGUUGCACUUAAUGAACAUUCCAGUUGUACCAAUGUUUCAGAAUGGCACAAGCUUUUUCAUUUUGGAAAAAAAUGCAUUUUUUUAUUACUGUAAAAAUAAACUGCAGCCCUGCAAGGAUCUGUAGCAGUAUAAAUAAAUGGCAUCUUACAGUUACAUAAGACAAAUACUCUUUAUUUUGUUUAAACUGAAUAUACAAUUAUUUCUGUUCCCUAGGCAACCAUUUGAAACUACAACUUAUUUUUCACAUUAACAAAACCACAGACUGAAAAAGACCAACUCUGAUUAUGAAGAGCUAAUUACAGAAAUAAAUAAAAUAAUUUAUACAUGA